GUCCAAAUUUGUUAAAAAGAAAAUACUCAAAAGUCCAAAUAAAUAAUAAGGGAGUCGUGCAUCAUUUGUGCCUCUUGUUUUAGGCACACGUCUCUUCUAUGCUCUCUGCUUCGUUCCUCCCUGUCCACUUAUCCCUGUGCCAACACUGUACCCCUUUUAGCUCCUUCUCUGUUCCUUUCUGUCUCUAACAGCGCACUAUACUAUUAAAAAAAAACCCACUUCUUCUAUAAGGAAAUUUCAUUUCUUUUAUGCCCACAUGAUCAAGAAGGCAUCAUUCAGGUGCUUUGGUGAUACAGUGGUAGUGUAUAUAUAAGUAUUAUACAGUAAAACUUUGCAGAAGAUCAGCGAAUCUUCCAGCUUUGAAAGGUAUGGUACAUUACUUGGUUACUAUUUUAGUUCUGCUUGGUUGCCGAGGAAAUUCUAGGAAAAGAAAAUGAAGAAGCAAUUGUAGAAGACUCUGAAGUUCAUUUCUUAUUGCUUUUAUGGUUUCUGUUUUUUUUGUCUAUGUAUAAUGCUUGAUUUUUCUGUCCAGAUAUUUUUUUUAUUUCAAUUUAUUUUUGUUCUGUGCAUAAGAAAAUGCAAUUUUUAGUAAAAAAAAUUUUCUUAUUAUCUUUUUUUUGUGAGAGCUGGAGUGCUUUAAAGCAGGGUUGAAUGAACACUGAAAAGAUCUUCUAGCAAGACUUUACUUUUACACAGCAGAAACCACAGAUAACUUAUGGCUUCACCGGAUGUCGAUUCUCCUUGGCUCUGUGCUGCUAGUGAAUCUCUUGGUGGAUGUUUCAAUACACAGAUUGAGGAGGUCAAAUCAACCAAUGUCUUAAAUGUGCUGGAAGCUCCCACAUCUUCUGUGUAUGAUACCCGUAACAUCCCCAAGCCGCCACCUUAUCCUAAUACAACAUCUAAAACAACCAGCCAUUGUAAGAGGAUCUCAGCGAGUUGCUCUGUUCCAAAGGAAACAAAAGAUACAUGGGACAGGCUAUUCAAGGAAGCAUACGGUUCGGAUGUCUACAUUAUCACAGAGAGCAACUCGUAUAUUCCAGCUCAUUGCAAUGUUUUGAGUACUGCGUCGCCCGUGCUUGGGACUAUCCUGCAGCGGUCAAAAGUUAAAAAUGGAAUUAGAUACAUCAGCAUUCUUGGUGUACUUUGUGAAGCUGUCCAUGUGUUCAUUCGGUUUUUGUACUCAUCCUGCUAUGAAGAGGAUGAGAUGAAAAAGUUUGUUCUCCAUCUGUUGGUUUUAUCACACUCAUACUCUGUUCCGUCACUGAAAAGAUUUUGUAUAGACCUUCUGGAGCAGGAUUGUCUGACCAGAGAAAAUGUGAUAGACGUGCUUCAGUUGGCAAGGAGCUGCGAUGCGCCACGACUCUCCUUAAUUUGUGUUCGUAUGGUUGUGAAGGACUUGAAAUCUGUAUCAUCAACUGAAGGUUGGAAAGUUAUGAGGCGAGCUAACCCUGCCCUUGAACAAGAGCUUGUAGAAUCUGUUGUCGAAGCAGAUUCGAGAAAACAAGAGAGGCUGAGGAAAAUAGAAGAGAGAAAAGUAUACUUGCAACUGUAUGAAGCAAUGGAGGCCCUCCUUCACAUAUGCAGGGAUGGGUGUAGGACAAUUGGACCUAGUGAUAAAAUGCUGAAAGGAAGCCAAGUUGCCUGCAACUUUCCUGCCUGCAAAGCACUUGAGUCCUUAGUUCGUCAUUUCUCCAAAUGCAAGUCUCGGGUCCCAGGUGGUUGCAUUCACUGCAAACGCAUGUGGCAGCUUCUCGAGCUACAUUCUCGUAUGUGCGAUGAGCCUGAUUCCUGCAAGGUUCCGCUUUGCAGGCAUUUCAAGGAAAAAAUGCAGCAGCAAACAAAGAAAGAAGAAGCUAAGUGGAAACUGCUGGUCAGCAAAGUAAUAGCAGCCAAGAACGCCUUGGGGCCAUUCUCUGCUCGGCGUAUAGAUUUAUUCUGACCCCGUUACUUCUUUUAACCUUGUAUCUUCAUGCCAUCAACACACCCAGGCCAUUGUUUUGUAUAAUGUAAUGGCAACUGUAAGAUAGAAACAAUAAUCGGCAAAGUGGUUCGACAAUGUUUCUUGUACAAACUUUGUAUCUUCAUUACACCUUGCUCGAA